AUGUUACGUCGACAAUUAUUUUUUCUUUAUUUAUUUCUCUUAUUUACUGGUAUAUUUGCUCAGAAAUAUGGUUCUAAUAUUCAAAAUGAUGAUGAUGAUGAUGAUGAAGAAAAACUUCAAUCAUUAAAUAAAAAACGAUUAUCAAUUAAUAACGAUAAAUUAUCUUCAAAUAAUAGAGCUAAUAAUAAUGAUAAUAAUCAACAAUCAGGUGUUGGUAAUCCAUCACAAGUACGUUUAUCAAACCGUCGUUCAACAUCAACACCAAUUGCUAGUAGUAAUGAAUGUAAAACUGAUGUACAAAAAUAUUGUAAUAAAGGAAGUCAACAAAUACUUUCAAAUUUAAAAGUAUUACAAUGUAUAGAUGAUCUUGAUAAUGCUGCAAAUUUAAUUAGUAUUGAUUGUCAACAUCUUAUUUAUAAAUUUAAAUAUAAUAUGACACAUGAUUCACGUUUUGAUGAUGCAGCUGAAAAACAAUGUUCAAAAGAUAUACAAUUAUUUGAUGAAUGUGAAAAACUUAUUGGUACACGUGGUUCUGGUCGUCUUGUUUCAUGUUUAUAUGAUUAUUUACCUAAUAUAACUGAACCAAGUUGUCGUUAUUUUAUUAAUCAAUUACAAGCUGUUGUUUUUAAUGAUUGGCGUUUAACAGAAUAUUUUACUGAUGCAUGUAUGGAUGAUAUUAAAAAAUUAGAAUGUGGACGUUUAGAUGAUGAUAAUCAAGCUUUACCACAUGAACAAGGUGCUGUUAUUUCAUGUUUAUCACAAAAACAUAAUCAAUUAAAUGAAAAAUGUCGAAAAGAAAUAUUUCGUUUAGCUGAAAUGCAAUCAGAUGAUUAUCAUCUUGAUCGUGCUUUAUUUUAUGCAUGUCGUGAUGAUCGAGAACGUUUAUGUGGUCAAGUUUCAAGUGGUAAUGGUCGAGUUUAUCGUUGUCUUUAUGAUCAAAAAUUUAAUAAUAUGAUGUCACCAGCUUGUCGUAAAGAAGUUCAUCGACGACAAUCAUUAGUCGUUGCAAAUGUAAAAAUGGAUGCACCAUUAAUUCGAGCAUGCAGUAGUGAAAUGCGUGAACAUGAAUGUUCUAUUGAUCCUGAACAAGGUGAUCAAAGAUCAUCGUUAGUUAAAUUACUUUUAUGUCUUGAAGAUACAUUAAAACGAGGUAAACAAAUUCAAGAUGAAUGUCGACGUGAAAUGCUUGUUCAUCGUCGUAUGUUAAUGUCUGAUUAUGCUCUAUCACCUGAACUUCAAAGUGAAUGUAAAACUGAAAUGACACAAUAUUGUCCAUUAUUAUAUCAACAAGGUGUUAGUGGUACAAUUGAUAAACGUGGUGGUCGAAUGAUUCAUUGUUUAUUAGCUGCUGCACGAAAAGAAAAAAAAUUUAGUACUCAAUGUUUAUCAGUUGUUAAUUCAUUAGUACGUGCUGUUGAUCCUGGUAGUGAUAUACGAGCUGAUCCAUUACUUGAAACAGCAUGUCGACCUGUUAUUGAUACAUUAUGUCCACGAAUGAAACCUGGUGAUUCAAAUGUUAUUUUAUGUUUAUUAGAUAAUUUAAAAAAUACUCGUAUGACAGAAGAUUGUGAAGAUCGUCUUAUGGAAGUUGCUUACUUUUUAGCACGAGAUUGGAGAUUAACACCGAGAUUAUUACGUACAUGUCGAGAAAAUCUUGUAACUUAUUGUCGUCUUCCACCAGAUUGGUCAAUGAAACAAGAUAUAAAUGGUCCUCAAGUUGGAGUGUAUUUAAGUUGUUUAUAUCAACAACGACAACAACUUGAUAGAGAAUGUCUAAGUGAAUUAAAACGUAUUAUGCAUAUUCGAACACAAUCUAUUGGUUUAAUGCCUGAAAUUGAAGAUAAUUGUUUAACAGAUUUAGCAACAUGUAAAAAUCCAGAAAUUAAAGGAGAAGAAUUUAAAUGUUUACAAAAGAAAUAUAAAACUCUUGAAGAUAAAUGUAAAGAUGCAGUUCGAAAUUAUACACAAAUGACAAUGUCGGAUCCAACACUUGAUUUUCUUCUUAUGAAAGCAUGUGAACCAAUGAUUCAAACAUUUUGUGCAAAUGUUGAAGCUGGAAAUGAAAAUUAUUUAAUACGUUGUUUAAUUAAACAUAAAAAUGAACAACAAAUGGAUUUUCGUUGUAAAGCUGGUAUUGAUCAUCAUCAAAUAACAAGUAUGCAAGAUGAAGCAUUUUUAAGUCAACAAUUUCGAAAAAAAUGUACACAAGAAAUUAAUGAACAUUGUACAGGAAGAAAAACAAAAGCUGGUGUUGUUCAAUGUCUUGCUGAUUUAAUGUUACAGGAUGUAUUAAAAAAACAAAAUAAAAUAACUGAAGAUUGUCGUGAUGAACUUAAAUUUGAACUUCUUCAACGAAGUGAAAGUAUUGAUUUUGAUCCAUCAUUAGCUAAAGCAUGUCGAAAAGAUAUACAAAAAUUUUGUUCUGAUCAUACACCAGGAAAUGCUCAGAUUCUUGAUUGUCUAAAAGAUAAUCAAAAUAAAGUAUCACAAUUAUGUUAUACUAAAUUAAGAAAACGUGAAAAACUUGAUGUUAUUCUACCAGAAAAUGAUUAUAGUCUUAUGUCAAAAUGUGCAACUAUUAUACAAAAAUAUUGUUCAAAUGAAAAGAAACAAAAUAUUUUAUCAUGUUUACGACGUAAUGCUAAUCAAGAUGCUAUGCCAAUGGCAUGUCGAAGAAUUUUAUAUCAUCGUUUAAUGGUUCUUAAUAGUGAUGCUCGUUUUAAUCAAGGUUUAAUUGAUAAUUGUCAACGAGAUAUUAAUAAAUAUUGUCAUUCAGAAGUUGUUGAAAAUAAUGAUGAUGAUAAAGAUUCUGAUGAAGAUAAAGAUGAUAAUGAUGAUAAUAAUAAUAAUACAGGAAAAGAUGAUCGUACAAAUGAUAAUAAUGAUGAAAUAACUGAUCGUGAAAUGGGUGGUAGAAUUAUUCAAUGUUUACGUACAAAAUAUACUGAUACAUCAAUUACAUUAGAAUCACAAUGUGUAUCAGAAUUAGUUGAUGUUAUACAAACAUCAAAACUUGAUGUUAAAAUUGAUAUUAAACUAUAUCAAAGUUGUCGAAAAUUACUUAAUAAUCAAUGUACUGGUAUGGAUCAAGAAGAUUGUUUAAAAUUACUUUAUCAACAAAAUAAAAUUAAUGAUGAUGUUUGUAUUGAACAAAUAAAACGUAUUAUAAGAGAAGGACAAGCUGAUAUACAUGUUGAUCGUGCUUUAUCAUUUGCAUGUCAAGCUGAUGUUUUAAAAUAUUGUAAUGAUAUUCCUAUAGGAAGUGGAAAACAAUUACAAUGUUUAUUAGGUAUGGGUAAAUCAGUAACAAGUCAAUGUCAAAGUGUAUUACAAAAACGACAAGAAUUAUGGCAAUCUGUAUCUAAUCUAAAUGGUGUUGCUGAUUUAACAGAACAAAUUCGAAAAUCAAAUAAUAGUUUCUAUCUAUUUUCUGUUAUUCUUUUAAUAUUAUGUGUUAUGUUUAUGGCUGGUUGUGUUUGUCGUCCGUAUGUUCGUUAUAGUCGUGUCAGGAAAUUUAAAUAA